GUGUAACCCUUUGAGUGGAGCUCUGGCAGAGUUGUUUCCCUCCCCAGAAACAGUCCCCAUAGCAGGGGCUACGUGACAGGUAGGGCACUGCUGCCCGCUGACACCGCCGGCACCCCGGGCGCCCAGCCGCAGGCUACCAAGGGUCGGCGGAGGCAGCGAACAAACUCUCUCUCCAGAGGCAACCUAUAUUUAAAAUGCCAUCUUGUUCUUCCGACUGCUGCCUUUUACGUGCCGUUGAGGAUGUAAAAGUCUUUAGUGAAGAUGGAACAAGCAAAGUGGUCGAGAUUCUAGCAGACAUGACAGCCAGGGACCUCUGUCAGCUGCUCGUUUACAAAAGUCAUUGUGUGGAUGAUAACAGCUGGACUCUAGUGGAGCAUCACCCUCAUCUAGGAUUAGAGAGGUGCUUGGAAGAUCAUGAGCUUAUAGUUCAAGUUGAGUCCACAAUGGGAAGUGAAAGUAAAUUUUUGUUCAGGAAGAAUUACGCAAAAUAUGAAUUUUUUAAAAAUCCCAUGAAUUUCUUUCCAGAGCAAAUGGUUGCCUGGUGCCAGCAAACAAAUGGCAGUAUCCCACAGUCACAACUGUUGCAGAACUUUUUAAACUCCAGUAGCUGCCCUGAAAUUCAAGGUUUCUUGCAUGUGAAAGAGCUGGGUAGGAAAUCAUGGAAGAAAUUGUAUGUGUGUUUGAGGAGAUCAGGACUUUAUUGUUCUACAAAAGGAACUUCAAAGGAGCCAAGACACUUGCAAUUACUGGCUGACCUAGAAGACAGCAAUAUCUUCUCGUUGAUAGCAGGCAAGAAGUUGUACAAUGCACCUGCAGAGUUUGGAUUUUGUAUAAAGCCCAACAGAGUGAGAAAUGAAACUAAGGAGCUGCGGUUGUUGUGUGCUGAAGAUGAGCAAAGCAGAACGUGCUGGAUGACUGCCUUUCGACUCCUCAAGUAUGGAAUGCUACUGUAUCAGAAUUACAGAAUUCCCCAGCAGAGAAAAGCCAUGCUUCCACACUUUUCCACUCCAGUAAGAAGUGUUUCUGAAAACUCACUAGUAGCAAUGGAUUUUUCGGGGCAAAUAGGAAGAGAUCCUGCUGAAGCACAGAGUGCUGCCUUGGAAGAAGGACAUGCUUGGAGGAAACGUAGCACAAGAAUGAACAUCUUGGGUAGCCAAAGUCCACUCCAUCCUUCCACACUGAGUACAGUUAUUCAUAGGACACAGCACUGGUUUCACGGCAGAAUCUCUAGAGAAGAAUCUCACAGGAUUAUUAAGCAGCAAGGGCUUGUAGAUGGACUAUUUCUUCUCCGGGACAGCCAAAGCAAUCCAAAGGCAUUUGUACUUACACUGUGCCAUCAUCAAAAAAUAAAGCAUUUUCAAAUCUUGCCGUGUGAAGAUGAUGGACAGAUAUUUUUCAGCCUGGAUGAUGGGAACACCAAAUUCAGUGAUCUAAUCCAGCUUGUUGAAUUCUAUCAACUAAACAAAGGAGUCUUGCCCUGCAAACUCAAACACCACUGCAUUCGAGUGGCCUUAUGACCUCAAAUCUGACUCUCACUGAAGACUGGAUUUGCUAGAAGAGUAAUUGUAAGAGAACGUUGACACUGGGGAAUUGGCAGAUUUGUAAGUUGGUAAAAAUAAAUAAAAAUAUUAUGCACCUUGGGACUCUGAAAGGGAUGGAUUCGACAGGUGCCAACAGACCAAGAUUGCUGGUUUGUCUAACACCUAAGAGUGAUUGCUGCUGAGUGUCCCAGCAUCCCAAAAACGGGGGGAGGGUAUGUAAAACAAUGAGUAAAUUUGAAACAGAACUGGAAACUAUUCUGGCUGGGCCACUUAACAGGAACAAGUGUGAAGAGAAAUCUUUGAAAGAACUCUUGCCCUGGAAUAAUCUUGACAAUUAAGACUAGUGUGUUUACUUUUUGUAUUGAUCACUUUUUUUGCACUCCUACUUUGUUUCGGAUAUUGUAUGCAGCCUAUAUUAGGAGCUGAUGUGGCUUUUAAAAUUCAUGCAGGAGUUGGGUAUUAAUCUGCACCCUAAAAUGUAUGGAAUGCUUCAGCCUAAAAGAAUCUAGAAGAAAAUCAAGAAGUGUGUGUGUGUGCGCGCGCGUGUGUGUCUCAAAACUUCUCUGGAGACCUGAGGUUCGAUGAUCUGCAGAUGUCUUUGAAGAA